AUGGCCGAAUCUCGAGAUGAGCGCCCGUCUUUUGACGAGGCCUCUGCUCUUCCUUCUUUCCCCGACGAUGGAAGUCCCUUUGAUGAAAAGCCUGCCCAUCUACUCGACGAGGAUGAGCAUGGCUCUCCUCCUGCUGCGAAAAAGCGCCGGACGGACGCUGCCGCCCCCGACGAGGAGAUCUCGAUCGAUCCUCAAUUCCCUGGCUCUGACCAGCAUGGCCCGGGCCAUAAGAUUGAAGAAGAGCUUGCAAAUGCUCUGGCUGAGAGCAAUGCCAAUGAUCUGCCACCGACAAACGGUACUGAUGAGAACCUCGGAUCGGAUCUCUCGGCAACUUCCGCGGUCGUUCAACACUCGACUUCUACCUCCAACCCCGACGUGAAUUCGAUGAUCACAGACAUUCUUGACCAUACCGACCGCCAGGAGGAAACUGUCGCGAUGGGCCCCCAGGAAAUCCCUCCAUCCGGAGACUUCCCGGGUGCCAAGGGCUACGCGUUUUUGAAUCUCAAGGCCAACUCUCAUUUGAAGAUUCAGAGUCUGCCUAUCUUGGACAAUCUGUCUACCCAAAUCCUCUCCUUCCUGUCGAAGAAUAGCUACCAAGACCUCACUGCGAUGGUGUCCGAACCCGACUCCGAAAAUGGCCAGGCUUAUGCCACCAUGCGCUCUUUGUUUGAUCACACGAAAAGAGUCUACACCAUUAAGCGCUCUUUCCUCCAACCUACUGAUAUCGAGGUCACCGAUUCGUCCCAAUUGGAUGUUAUUCGCAAGGCGAACCUGGCAUCCUUUGUGUCAAGCAUCUUUGGUUCUCAGGAAAUUGGGUUCGCGGAGUUGAAUGAGCAUUUUUUGGACGUCUUCGUCCCAGAAGGUGGCCGUUUGUUGAAGGUUCAGGCCGCUUUGUACCUCGAGCUGAAGACCCAGGCAUUCAUCGCUGCCAUGAACACCAAGACGCGCACUCGCACCCAGCUUUUGUACGAACUGUUCCCAGAUGAUAUGGAGCAGCGAUUGCUAGCAAGACGCCCCGGUACUCGUCAACUGGCACCCAGUGAAACUGAUUUUGUCAAUCGUCUUACCUCUCGUCGGGACAUUCUCCUCAAUGACAUUAACAACGAGGAAGCCUUAAAGGCACUCCCGGACAAGUAUCACUGGGAGGAUUUCCUCCGGGAUCUGAGUUCUUACAUUGCGAAGAACUUUGACGCGAUCAAUACCCAACAGGGAAAGAAGCCUGUCAAGGGUCGUCAGCCUUCCAGCUCCAAUGGCGAUGCACAGGAGACUCCAAGCACUACCCAUCAGAGUCAAUUCCCUGUCAAUCAGCCGGUCGAGGUCCCCGUAGACCGCAAUAUGCACGGUGAUCUGGUCGCCCGUGCUGCUCGUGCUGCCCAGAUUGCUCUCCAGGGCCAUGGCCUUCGACGCUCCCAACAACAAUCGCAGAUGCAACAUCAACAUCAACAGCCUCAGCCUCAAUCUCAGGCAAGCCCAUCACCUUCCCAGCCCCCGGCUCUGCCAACCCACCAGCAGCAGCAGCAGCAACCACAACAACACCAACACCAACAACCUCCUCAGCCUCAACCUCAGGCCCAGCCUCAGCAUACUCCUCAGGGUGAUAACCAGUAUCUUCACGGAUAUACUGCCGCGCAGCAAACUGGACAGGCUCCUCCCCAACAGCAGCAGUAUCAUCAUAGCCCUACCCCACCGGGAGGAUACCAACAGCCCCAUGGGGGCUUGUCGUUCCAGCAGAGUCCACUGCAGGCCAAUUUUCAGCAGUACAAUCCUAAUGCCGCACAGGUCAUGCAGGCGCGUGCCAAUGGGAUGUCACCUGGUAAUCAUGGAUACAUGCCCGGGAUCCCCCACUAUUCUCAAUCCCAACCCACUCAAGUUCUCUAUGAGAGAGCUCGCAUGGCGGCAUCUGCAAAGUCCUCCCCCACUAGUCGGAAAACUGGCCUGCCCAGUCAGCGCCGCCCUUGGACCACCGAGGAAGAAAAUGCCUUGAUGGCGGGUCUGGACCGCGUGAAAGGUCCCCAUUGGAGCCAGAUCUUGGCCAUGUUCGGCCCCGGAGGAACCAUCAGCGAAGCUUUGAAGGACCGCAAUCAGGUCCAACUCAAGGACAAGGCUCGCAACCUGAAGCUUUUCUUUUUGAAGAGCGGGAUCGAGGUGCCCUACUAUCUCAAGUUUGUUACUGGCGAGCUCAAGACUCGGGCUCCUGCCCAAGCUGCCAAGCGUGAGGCCCGUGAGCGACAGAAGAAGCAAGGCGAGGAGGACAAGGCUCACGUUGAGGGUAUCAAGGGCAUGAUGGCCCUGGCUGGGGCUCACGCAUCGCCCGUUGGAGGUCAUGAGAUGUCUGCUUCGCCCAGCUUGCCUCCGGAUGCCAACGCCCAGUCCAUGUUUGACCAGACCGCUGAGCAGAAUCUCAUGCAGACUCUGAGCCAGGAGGUCCAUGGCAGCCAAUACCCCCAGCAGCACCCUCCACCCACUCAGGACCACCACAUUGAUCCCCACAUGCAACUGGGACAGUAG